GGCGGAAUGAGUCCUCCCAAAAGGAUGCUUACCACCUAAAUCUAACUUCUAUCUACCUCGACUUCAUCUACUCCAUACACCUUCUCGUAUACGAAAAAGAUCCUUUUCGAAUCCUUCUCCCAAACAAACGGAUUCACAUCGAGACAUCCCUGUCGUUCGCUUGAACAGCCACCAGGGUUUCAGCAGGCGUCGGAGAAUAAAACAGGCUUCUUCCUUGGUCGAUAUCAUCACCACUUUUUUUGUGGCACACCCGGAUUGUCGGUUUGUCUUCCAAUCGCCAACCGCCAAGCGCCAAUCCAUCCGAUCCGGCUUCGAGCCCAGGAAAAGAAAAUCAGGAACAACCUCGCUUAGCAGUGUAGCACUUUCUCCUCGCCCCAAAAGAUAUGGCCGACUUCCAGCAACAGCAACAGCAACAGCAACAGUAUCAUCCCAUAUCUCUUCGACCAGGCGGCCCAUCUCCACGAUCUUCCUCUCCUCAACCGCAAUCCCAACCGCAAUCCCAACCGCAAUCCCAACCGCAAUCCCAACCGCAAUCCCAACCGCAAUCCCAACAGGCAAACGCAACCGUACUCGCCAAUUUCGACGCAACCUCGGACGACAUGCCAGGCUCUUACCCACCCCGCAAUCCAUCCGGAACAGGACCUGGUGGUAGUAACUACGGCCCCUCGCGAUCACAAUCACCACCGUCGCAACAAGGCUUCAGCAACAGCGCUCGCUUCCCCAGCCAAAGCUAUCCGCCUCAAUCCCCGACCAACGAACCCGGCGCGCCCUCUGGAAAUCCCUUCACAGAAAACUCCCGCUCACGCAGCAGCACGAUCGGGCAGAACUAUCCCAUUGCCCUCGGCGGCAACCAACAACCGCCCUUGCCCUUGUCGCCGCCCCAGCAAACCGUGCAGCCACUAUUCGCCCAGCACAGCGGGCACCAGCUCCAGUCAUCCCGCCCAGUCUCGCGCGGCGCCAACGCCAACAUGAGCGGUCCCAGCACACGGCCCACGAGCUCCAAGUCGCCCUUCUCCACGCCCAUGACCUCUCCGCCGCGUCAACGCCCGCAGCAGAUCCUGCUGAUCAAUCCAAACUCGACGCGCUCCAUGACAGACGCGUGUCUCAACUCCCUCCGGCCCAUGGUGCCCCCCGGCGUCGAGGUGACGGGCUACACGGCUCCGUACCCUGCACCCACGGCCAUCGAGAGCACCACGGACGCCAUCAUGUCGACCGAGGCCGUGCUGCGCGAUCUGGCCAAGUACGCCGCGAGCAAUGGCGAGACGGUCCAGAACUACGACGGCAUGAUCGUCGCGUGCUUCUCGAAACACCCGCUCAUCGACGCCCUGCGGGAGUCCUACGAUGUGCCCAUCAUCGGAAUCAUGGAGGCGAGUCUGUAUACGGCGCGCAUGAUCGGUGGGCGGUUCGGCAUCAUCGCCACAGCGGCUCGGUCCAAGAUCAUGCAGGACGAUGCUGUCGCCGCAUAUGGAUUGGAACAUUUCUACGUCGGCAGCGAGGCCACGCAUCUGGGCGUCUUGGAGCUCGAGGCCAGGCCGCGCGAGGAGGUCGCCAAGCGUAUGGCGCAUGCGGCGAGGGCGCUGGUGGCAAAGGGCGCUGAUACCAUCGUUCUUGGAUGCGCGGGGAUGACUGAGUUGGUUCGCGCGGCCAAGGACGGUGUGCGCGAUGAGGAUGGGCGGAGGACCGUGAAUGUGAUUGACUCCGUCGAGGCUGGAUUGUUGAUGAUGACUAGUCUGGUGGGCAUGGGGAUCCCGACGAGUAAGAAAGGUGUGUACAAAGGUGAGAAGGAGGCGAGGAGGACGAGAGGGCAGAAUUGGUUGUGAAAGGCUGGUGGGCUGCACUGCACUUCCCGUUAUGAAGGCCAGGCUGUAGAGGAAUAUUAUCCACGGUUGAAGCAGCAGAGAUCAGAGCAGUGAGUAUUCCGUACCAUUGAGAUCAUGGUAGGGUUUGCGGUCGAAAUGGGCGAGACAAUGCUGCACAUGUGGAGCGAAUGUUUGGGAUGUUCUCGCUGAAUGCGAUGAGUUGUCACGGAUCGAACGUGGAUACUCAGUACAUUGUUUCUUCCUAUUCGGGUCAGCAAGUCCUUUACGGAUGUCAGGAUAUGGUGCUGAACAAAGACAAUAGACCACUACUCCGUAGUAGGUAUGCUUAUGUGAUAUGGUAUUAAAUUGAGC